AUUGUGGUCUCUCAUUCUCUUUGGUUAUUUGUUUGUUUUGUCUGUGUCUGCGCCUCUGCCUGGCUCCCUUUUGUGUGUGUGAGUGUGUUGUUGUUGUGGUUGUUGUUGUGAUUGGAGUGAGAGAGAGAGAGAGGGAGACGUUGUAGUAGUAGUUGUUAUUUGAGGAGGAGGAGGGAGCAGUGGGGGAGUUAUGGCGCAACAGCUGCUUCGUCCCUGGGCAGUGCGAUCGGCGUCUGCAUUUCGGCAGACGAUGGCUCCCUUCUUCCAACGCUUCUCCACGGCCACAGUGGUGGACAACCUCCGAUACUCGAAGUCGCAUGAGUGGACGAGGCUGGAAGGCGACACCGCCGUGGUGGGGAUCACGCACCACGCGCAGGAGGCGUUAGGCGAUGUGGUGUUCGUGGAUCUGCCGGAGGUCGGGAAGGCGAUCUCGCAGGGGGACUCGUUCGGGAGCGUGGAGAGUGUCAAGGCCGUGAGCGAUGUGUAUUCCCCUGUGUCCGGGGAGGUUGUGGAGGUCAACAGUGAGCUCACGGAGUCGCCUGGAUUGGUGAACAAGGGUCCGUUUGAGGAAGGUUGGAUGAUGAAACUCAAGCUCAAGGAUCCCGCUGAGGUUCAGUCGUUGCUGACUGCUGAGAGUUACAAGCAGUACAUCGAAGAGGAAGGCCACUGAUAAAUUUCUUUCUUCUCGCUUAUGAAGAAACACUUCUUGAAAUAAGAGGAUCUCAUAUUGGUUUUGAGAUUUUAGGGGCCGCAUAGAAUUCUUAAUGUUCCCCUCUGAAUUUUGCUCUAGUGUGGACGUCUUGGCAGUUUUGGCCAGGGCAAGCAACAUGUGGUCAGAGCAUUUAGGUCUGGUGCUAUACGUGCGGUAGAAUUAGAGGUUGAAGAUGAAUCAGACGCAUCGGGGUUUAGAGGUAUAUGUGACACUCAGGACGAAUGUCAUGAGAAGAGGCACAAUGAAUGAGAAGUUCUUCGAUUUGUUCUCUACAGCAGUAAUGCCAUGGUUUCUUCAUUUUUCGAAGGUU